AUGACUUCGUCUCCAGCGGUGCCGCCAGUGCCCGCAUCCACGACGGCCAAGAGGAAACGUCGCGACGAUGACGACGACGACGACGACGACGACGCGCACGCUCGCCAGGACGUACUAUCACCCCCGCCGCCACGACCUCUCCGUCCUCGAACCACUACUAUCGCCCUCCACACCGCUGCUCCGCGAUCUCCACCGGCCAGCGCUGCCUCCUCCUCUCCCCCUCUCGCUGCCUCCUCGGCCACAUCCCAAUUCUCCUUUAUCACGCCACGACCACCGCCUGUGGGAGACGGCAGCGUCGUUGGCCCGGAAGCCGACGGCGCGUCGCCAUACCACCUCCCGCUCGUCCAGACCGCCGGUCUUGCCAUUGCGCCAUUUGUGGCUGGGCGUGCCGCCCUCGACCCGCACGAUGGUGGCGGGAGCAGUCCGCGCACGCAUGUGGCCAACCGGUUCAGCAGCCUGGCCAUUGCUGGGGGCACAACGAGCCAGGUCGAGGCCAGGCUUGGCACCGACGCCAGAGCGGAAGCCGCUGGCGACGCUGGCGACGCUGUCGACAAACAGCCGCUCCACAAACGCAUGAGGCGGGAUGGCGGCAGCGAGGAUGCCAAACCUCCUGCCGGUGACACCAACCGCGUCAUCACCGACCCCUUGCGCGCCUCUCUCACCUGGCAGGACGACGAGAUUACUGUGUACGACCCCAACGACGCCGACGACGACGGCACCGGCGUCAACGGAAUCGGGUUCAAGCCGACGCCCGCCAUGGCCCACGCCCGCGCCCUCAAACGCCGCCAGCAGCUUGCCGCCUACCGCAGGCGGGAAGAGCGCGAGGCGCGGGCGCGCCGCAGCUGGCUGCGGACGAGGGCCAACCGGGCCUCACAGGCCAGCCAGGGCAGCCAGGGCAGCCCGGCACAACUUGAUGAUAUCGGGUCGGGGUCCUCCUCACAGUCGUCCCUCCCGUCCCUCGACGACGUGGCCUCGGUAUCGGCCGUGGCCUCUCCGCACACGCCCCGAGCGCACACGACGGCCGUGACGACGGCGGCUCUUUCGCCGCCCCCGUCCUCUUCCCCCGCCGCCUCCCCCUCGGUCCGUCGCGUGCGCUUCCUCGAGACCGGCCCGGUCACCAUCCGGUUCAAGGAGCCGGAUGCCGUGCCGAGUCCGACGUCGAUCAUGUCGUCGUGA